UAGAAUUGCCAGAUACCUCUGCUUCCCUAAUUCGUGUUGAACCUUUUAUAUAUCGAGUUGACAGUACUAUACGUACAAAACUAAUAUUUUGAUAGUCCAAUGACUACAACCUGACAUCUUGCUUCAUGGCUAUUUGGUGGUGGUUUGAAAUUUUGUCUGCUAAAAGUGAUUUUGAAAGUAUUAUGGCUUGGAGCGUGUUUAUUUACAUCCAGGCGGCGCUUGGCGGCUCGCUUUGGACGAGUAUUUCGACGCCAGAAGGAUCGGUCAGUUUGCCGUCCAGCACGACUGCCACAAUUACAUCCACAACGGUCACACCCGUCUGGGUGGCUUCAAAGAACAGUAUUCCAUUUGCUGACACAUUAGGCUCGAACUCUCCACUUUCUGAAUAUUUACCGGUCAAGCUAUGUCUGGGUAUACACGAUGUAUUUAUUGCAUUAUUUCUGGUAAUGCUAAUUCUGCUAACAAUAUUUGGUAAUAUUCUGGUGGUUCUCUCGGUGGUUGUUUACAAACGAAUGAGAACGUUCACAAAUAUAUUGCUCACUUCUCUAGCCACAGCCGACUUGCUUGUCGGGCUCAUAGUUAUGCCUAUGUCACUUUUGGACCUUUUGCAUAAUCAUCGAUGGCCGCUUGGUCGAUUUCUAUGUCGAAUGUGGGCCACAUCGGAUGUUCUUCUAUGCACAGCUAGUAUUCUCAAUCUCUGUGUUAUCAGUCUCGAUCGCUAUUUUGCAAUAACAUCACCGCUCAAAUACCCGAGAACAAGAUCUCGGAAAAUGGCAGCAGGACUUUUAACAGCUGUUUGGGCAAUUUCAUUCGUAGUCUGCAGCCCGCCAUGGGUAAUUCCAAGUUGGAAUUUAUUUAUCGACAACAAUAACAAUACGGGAUCAAGUGAAGAUUUCAAGUGCGCAUAUUCUCCAUCAGUUGCGUAUCGGAUAUACAGUGCUCUUGGGAGCUUUUACCUUCCACUACUUGUCAUGCUAUUUGUUUAUUUCAAAAUAUUCCGUGUAGCUUCUGAACGCGAAGCUCUCAUGAGGCAAUCCGUCGGCACAUGUCGGCUCAGCAAUCGACUUACCAAAACUCAGCAGAAAAAUCAAAGGAACAAUUUAAGAACUGCAAGUGCACCUCACUCACGUACACGAGUUCAAGUCAAUCACAAUUGCGGUCGAGUUAACUACUCGGUUAGACCGGUGGAAUAUGCAAACCGAGUUGAGAAUUCAUUAAAGCCAAGCCACGAGAGAUUUGACUCCACAGACUGCGAGGAUUCCCCGCCGAAUGGGGAUAGUUUAGAAGCAGGAACUACGUGCAAUAUCUCCAUGUCCCUGGUGACCAACUCGCCUCCAAAUGGAUUACAAAAAGAGGCUAAAAACUCAAUGGAGCGAGAAUGUCAUUCGCUGGCUGACAUUGUCAACAGCGCGGACACUCCUGUGCGGAAGAACACCGAAGUCGGCGUAGCUCCGUCGUUGAGCAAAAGAGCCAGACAAUGCAACGCGAGGCUGCAGCCUAAUAACUUACUUCAAAAGGCUCACGAGCAUUAUCAAAUUAACGGUCCCGGCAAAGCUGUUCGUGGCUCGAAAGAAAAAAUGGUGUAUAUGAGAGAACGAAAGGCACUGAAAACUAUAGGAAUCGUGGUUUUAGGAUUCAUUAUCUGCUGGAUGCCAUUUUUCAUUAUGUACCUAGUAGAAGUUUUCAUUUCGGAUCCAGUCGCCGAAUCACCAAUUUAUAGAAUCACUUCUGAGUUCUUCCUGUGGCUUGGGUACUCCAAUUCGGUUCUCAACCCCAUCAUUUACACCAUGUAUAAUGGAGAUUUCCGGCGGUGCUUCCGCGAUCUUCUCUCCUUCGGAUGCGUUCAACAUCAUAGGCGUACGAUGAGCGUCAAGAAACUUCAUCAGCAAUCGACAAUAUUCUAAAACUUAAUCAAUUUCUAGUUUAAAAAGUACUACUGGGUUCUCCCCCCGAUCUCAUUUGUAUUGAAAAUUCCCUUCCAAAAAUCCAAACGGUUCAAAUUGAACUUCAAUUGUUCUUUAUUCUAAACCAAGUUUAAUUGCGAGUUGAUUUCCCCUCUCCCGUUUUUCUUUCUUUUACCAAACAGAUUUUUUAUAAAACAAUAAUAUCAACAAAAAAAAACUAUGUUU